UCGGGAAGAUGGCUGCGCCCACAAAGGUGGAGUUUGCCGUGCAGAUGACUUGUCAAUCAUGUGUCGACACCAUACAAAAUGCACUAGAAACUCAAGAAGGAAUCAAGUCCGUUCAAAUCAACCUGGCCCAAGAGCAGGUGAUUGUCGAGAGUACUUUGACUACUACAGAUGUUCAACGUCUAAUUGAGGCUACGGGACGUACAGCUGUUGUCACAGGUUUAGGGAGUGCUUCUGAGAAAAAACAUCUGGGAGCUGCAGUUUCGAUGAUAGGUGGCAGCAGUAUACAGGGUGUGGUCAGAAUGGUCCAGUCAGAUGCUGACCUGUGUAUCAUAGAGGGCACUGUAGAUGGACUGCAGCCUGGAGGUCACAGUAUUGCAAUACAUGAGCUAGGGGAUCUAUCUAAAGGUUGUGAAAGCUGUGGAGAUAUCUUCAAUCCUGAUAACAGAAAUAAAAAGAUAUAUGGGUCACUAGGCAAUAUUACAGCCAAUGAGAGGGGUAGGGCAACAUUUAGAUUUGAGAACCCCACUGUGAAGGUCUGGGACAUCAUAGGCAGGUCCAUGAUGGUGAAAGAUGAUGCAGAAACUACUAAAAGAUUGGCUUGUGGAAUAAUUGCGAGAUCAGCAGGACUGUUUCAAAAUAGCAAAAAAAUAUGUGCUUGUGAUGGUGUGACACUUUGGGAUGAGAGAAAUGUGCCAUUAGCAGGUGACGGAAGGUCACGAGCAGCGAAAAUAUGAAAGUUAAAGUACAUUGGAAUUUUGAAAUUGUGGAAAAAAUCAGAUUUAUGCUUCAUCAUGUAGUCGCACCAAGUCUCUGGACCUCUUACCCCUCUAUUUAUUUUACUUAUUUCCCUCCAGAGAAGGGGACACGUGUAGUGGUGGCCAACCAGUUGCGUAGCUACAUGUAUGCAAAGAACACGCAUGAGAACACUCUAUGUUUUAGAGAAAAUUAUAUUUUUAUUAAAAAAAUUAGAAAUAGAUUUUUAUUGAAAUAACUUUUUGUAUUUUUUCAAUAAUUGUACAAUUGAUUUCGUUGUAGAUAAGUAUGUAAAAUUAAUGAUAAGUUACUGUUUAUAUAAUUUCUAAGAAUCGAGUAUCUGUUUACUUCAUUCAACAGACUAGAUAAUGGUAUAAGAAUGAUAUGGUAAUGGUAUAGUACAUGUACAGGCCCAUAGCCACUUUUUGCCAAGAUACUCCAGUUUUAAAAAAUACCAGGCCCUUUGACAAUUUUGGCCCAGAAUCACUUGAAAAGUGUUCAAAAUUGUGAAAAA